AUGUGCCAUGGGACAUCUUGGACGUCUGCACUACCCAUAGUCCUGCUGCGUCUACGAGUCACAUACAAACCAGAUAUAGGGGCCUUGGCACCUGAAUUGGUUUCUGGUGAGAUUCUGCGCCUACCAGGGGAGUUUGUCGACCCAGGCCUACUGUCAGAAAUGGACGACCAUCCACAGUUCCUUUACAAGUUAAAGGAACAUGUAAGCCAAAUCAAACCCACAAAGGCCUCCAGGCAUGGUUGUCCAACAACUUUUUUGCAUAACAACCUCAAAAGCUGUACACACAUUACGUUACAUACAGACUACGCCAAGCCACCACUGCAGCCACCGUAUACUGGAGUCCAUCAUGUCCUGAGCAGAGUGAAGCCAGCUUACAUUUUCAAGGAGGCAUCACCAUCCUUAUGGUCAAGAGCUCAUCGCCUGACAGAUGCAACACCUCGACUUCCAGCACCGCCGCCACAACACAUCGAAGCAGAACCAACAUGCACCACCCAUUCCGGAUGA